UUAGGGUCAACGAACUUUCACACUGAUUUAAGAUGGCGACCUCCAUGCUUGUGAAAUGAUGUGAUGUGUACCCGAUGUUUUACAGUCUAAUUCUGAUCUUUAAAGAGUGAUGACGAGAAAAGAGUGCUACUAGGGUUUAGAUAAUGUUAUUUAGAGCCGCAACUAAAGACAUAUUAAGAGAACAUUGUAUUAUUGUACCAUCAGUUCGAGUUCUCACAGGCAGGUUGGAAAAACUUCAUCCUCGGUCCCACGUGCGACAUCUGGCGUUGGCUUCCAAAGGAAAAGUCGACAUUGCCGUUGGACACUGUAGGCCCAACGUUAUUUUAUUUCCAGCUUAUUGUUUUGGCCUGGCCGUGGUGAAAAAUAUCGUUCACCAGCAUUACAACAUGCCAAAGAGAAAAAGAAAGAAUUCAAACCAUCCACAGAAGAUCCCCAAAUUUGCACAUGAGCGGCAGUUUGAGGAUGUUGAGUACUACUUUGAAAAUGGAUUGAGAAAGAUCAAACCGUAUGUUUAUAAGUUUGAAUGUUAUGCAAAAGGAAGAUGGUUUGGCAGCAAACUCCUGGAUGUCUUCAAAAAGGAGUUUAGAUUAGAGUCUGCUGAAUACUAUGAAACGGCGAUCCGUGAGGGACUGAUCAGAGUAAACAAAGCCAAAGCAUCACCAGAUCGUAUCCUGAAGAACAAUGAUUUCAUGCAGUCUAAGGUGCACAGGCAUGAACCACCAGUAUCAGGAGAACCAAUCCAAGUUAUAGCAGAGACGCAAGACUAUCUUGUCAUCAAUAAACCAUCCUCUAUACCGGUUCAUCCUUGUGGAAAAUACAGACAUAAUACCAUAGUCUUCAUCCUGGGAAAAGAGUAUGGAUUUAAAGGCCUUCAUACAAUUCAUCGUUUGGAUAGACUAACAUCAGGAAUACUUCUAUUUGCAAGAACGUUGGAGGUGUCCCAUCGUCUGGAUGCUUAUGUCAGAGAUAGAGAGCUAGAAAAGACUUAUGUUUGUAAAACCCAGGGAGAAUUUCCAAGUACUCCUGUUGUGUGCGAAGAACCAAUCUUUAUUGUUUCUCACAAGAUUGGUGUUUGUAGAGUGAAAGAGGAUGGCAAACCUUGUAAGACUACCUUUGAAAGACUCAGCUAUGAUGGCGAAACAAGUAUAGUCAAAUGUUAUCCUCACACUGGUCGAAUGCAUCAGAUCCGUGUUCAUCUACAGUACCUAGGUUUUCCGAUCGUUAACGACCCUCUUUAUAAUAACACUGUCUGGGGUCAGUGUAAAGGUAAAGGUGGAAACAAGAAGCUCACUGAUGAACAGCUCUUGAAGGACUUAAUAGAGCAGCAUGACAUAGAGAUAGACUCGGCAUUAGAGAAGGCACGACUACAAACACUCAUCAACAAACCAAGGAGUCCCAAUCACACCAUCUCUGAGGGAUUGCAGGAAUCAAGUAAGGACACUGUCAGGGAUGCUAUCAAGGAUUCAGUAGAUGAUCAGACAUCCAAUAUUCCAAGCUUGAAGGGCUUGGAGAAACCAUGUCAACCAGAAGAACAAUUAAAAAAUUCAACUACAGAUGAACAGGAGAAUGCUAUGAGAAAUCAAAAUAAUAGCCAUAGAGAAUGUUCUCAAUUGGAUGCCUCUCCAGCAAGUAUAAGUGCCAAUAACGAACUUACAUGUCUCAAUGAUGGGGUUGAUACGGGCAAGGAUGGGAAUGAUCUACAACCUCACAUUGGUUCAGAUGCGGGUAAGGGCAACGUCAAGAGCAAUGAAGAAAUGUGGGAGCCUUCUGACAAGGUUAGGACUAGUAAUGAUGAAGAACGCAAGAACAGGUCUUCCGAUGCUGUACUGGACAUUGAUGAUGAUACUGGGAUGGAAGCCAAAGAUGUUGAUACUAAAGACAAGAGGACAUCUGAUUGGAAAGUCAAGGAUGACUGUGAGGAAGAGAGGUUGCUUGACGAGAAGACCGACAAACUUGCCGUUUCUCUCUGCCGGGAAUGUCGCAAUCCCAUGCCUGAUCCUGAACCCAAUGAGAUGUGCAUCUACUUGCAUGCUCUCACUUACAAAGGGCCAGAAUUUGAGUUCAGUGCACCUAUGCCAGCUUGGGCUCAAGAACACUUUGAAAGGACAGGCACCAAGUACUCAUAGCAUUAAGAUUCUUGGAGUCUCAAGAAUCAAUAAGUCAUCUUAGAAACCCACUUAUGUUUCGAAAUUGACAUCAACUUUCAUCUUCAUCAAAAAUUAUUCCCGACAAUCUUCACCCUAGCACUUUGUCUUUUGAGAAUUCAAGAUUGGAGUGACAGUCAUCCAAGAGAAUUCCUUUGGACAGCUUUUAAUCUGGGGGUCAUGACCACCAUUUUGAUUUUUAAUUUAUUUUAAUGAGUUGAUUUUUAUUUCAUGCAAGCUGUAAUAAUGCAGAGUCUUGUAAGAACACCCCAUAGUGGUUGUGAAAAAAGCUGUCACAUUAUGAAAAACAAUGUAUGAAUAGUAUCUGGAAGUCGCCUUUCCAUUAUUUAGGAGUAUAUCAAGCUUUCCAAUUUGUGUUGUUUCAAUAAUACUACCAACGUUCAUUAUCACAAGAGUUAUGCAAAAAGUCGCUAAUUGACCAUCUGACUCGGUUUCCUUGACUGUUUUUUGGGCAAAUAUGUAAAAAUGAAAGCAAAUUGGAAUCCAGUUCCACACAGAGACAUAGUAGGACAGGUUUUUUUUAUAUUCAACUUGGCAUAAUUCACAUCAGGGAUGAAUAAAUUAAUAUCAAUGCUUGAAAAUCUUCUUGAAUGUGCCAUUCAGUGGUGACAUCCCUGCCACAUUCAUGAUUGUGUGUAUCACUGCUCUACU